AUGUUCAGAAGCAUAUCUCAAGUUAUGUUUUCUAAUGGAGUCGAAGCUGAUGGGUUAACAGAUAAACAAUUUAAAGAAACAAAUUUAUUCAAUGGGUUUGAUAUUGGGUUAAUAAAAGAAAUAAUCAAGACCAAAUUGAUGCAAUUACAAGCAGGUUUUGGUGUUCAGUUAGAUAAAGAUAUGGAUGAAAUACCUACACCUCUACAAUAA